AUGGGGAUAGAGAAAGAAAUUGAAUCAGUUAGUUUCCCAUCCUAUUUACCAGCUUCUUCCUCAAGCCAUAGAGAAAAAUCUUCAGCCAUCGGCUCCUUGAGCGAGAUUGUACAGAAUGUGAAUGAGUUAAUUGCCACGGGACAAUAUGGAAGACUGUUUGCAGUUGUUCACUUUGCCAGCAGACAGUGGAAAAUAACCAGUGAAGACUUGAUUUUAAUUGAAAACCACAUACCUGCUGAAUGUGGAGACAGAAUCAGAAUGGAAAAGGUACUGUUGGUGGGGGCUGAUAACUUCACACUGCUGGGAAAGCCUCUCCUGGGAAAGGACCUAGUCCGCGUGGAAGCCACUGUUAUAGAGAAGACUGAGUCUUGGCCAAGAGUUAACGUGAAGUUCCGUCGAAGGAAGAGUUAUGAGACGAGAAAAAUUGUCAUUCAGCCGCAAACUGUUCUCCGGAUAAAUUCCAUUGAAAUUGCUCCUGUUCUGUCAUGAUGGAUUGGUUUGUAACAUCUUGGGAACAUUAAGAAAAUAGAAAAUGUUCAUGUUGCAUUUGGUUAUUCUCAGUAAACAUUUUUUUUAAAAAAUAUUAUUAUAAUCAUUAUUGUUGCCAUCACCAAAUAUCUUCAUUGCUCAUGUACUUUUUAUUUUUAAAUUAAAAUAUUAUAAACAAAAUAAAAUUAAAAAACUAAAAUCAAGGCAAUAUAUAGGUGUAAUCAGUAUUAUA